CUAAAAACAUAAACAAAAGAAACACGAACACAACAGCAAGAAGCAAAUUUUUGCAGAGUGCUGUCUGUCGCUGUGCGACAUUUAUUCGUUAGAUUGUUGACGUUCCAUUCCGUACUGCAUUAGCCCUUGGGCUACUAGAACUUUUGUUGCCGUUGUCUGUCGCUGAACUCAACCUCUCAAGAUGCCGCGAAUCAUGAUAAAGGGAGGCGUGUGGCGGAACACCGAGGAUGAAAUCCUCAAGGCGGCUGUGAUGAAAUAUGGCAAAAAUCAAUGGUCUCGAAUUGCCUCCCUGCUUCACCGAAAGUCUGCAAAACAAUGCAAAGCCCGUUGGUUCGAAUGGCUUGAUCCAAGCAUCAAGAAGACUGAAUGGAGUCGUGAAGAGGAUGAGAAACUCCUUCACUUGGCGAAGUUGAUGCCAACUCAGUGGCGAACCAUUGCUCCGAUCAUAGGGCGUACUGCUGCCCAAUGUUUGGAAAGAUACGAGUAUUUGCUUGAUCAAGCUCAGAAGAAGGAAGAUGGAGAAGAAACGGAGGACCCCAGGAAACUUAAACCAGGAGAAAUUGAUCCAAACCCAGAAACAAAACCAGCUCGUCCUGACCCCAAGGAUAUGGAUGAAGAUGAACUGGAAAUGCUUUCUGAGGCAAGAGCACGUUUAGCGAACACUCAGGGUAAGAAAGCUAAAAGGAAAGCCCGAGAAAAGCAGCUGGAGGAAGCAAGAAGGCUUGCAGCUCUACAGAAACGCCGAGAACUAAGGGCUGCUGGUAUAAAGUUAGCCCCACGUCACAGGAAAAAGAGAGGCGUGGAUUAUAACAGGGAGAUUCCAUUUGAGAAGCGCCCCGCUCCAGGUUUUUAUGACAUUUCAGAGGAAAUUGUUGACCCAAUGGCUCCAAAUUUUGCCCGUCUAAGACAGCAGCACUUGGAUGGAGAGCUUCGAGCCGAAAAAGAGGAAAGGGAGAGACGUAAAGAUAAACAAAAACAGAAACAACGCAAGGAAAACGAUGUGCCUGGGGCUAUGCUAGCUGGCCAGGAACCAGCUCGCAAACGUUCUAAGCUGGUUCUUCCAGAACCUCAAAUAUCUGACACUGAACUUCAGCAAGUUGUGAAACUUGGCCGAGCUAGUGAAGUCGCCAGAGAAGUGGCCACUGAGUCUGGCACCGGAGCCUCUGAUGCCCUUUUAGCCGACUAUUCAAUAUCAACUUCAGCUGCCAUGCGUACACCCAGAACUCCUGCUGCUGCCACAGACCGCAUCCUUCAGGAAGCACAGAAUAUGAUGGCACUAACACACGUGGAUACCCCAUUGAAGGGUGGAACCAACACUGAGAUAUCAAACUCUGAUUUCAGUGGUGUAACACCAUCUAAAGAUCUGGUUGCAACACCUAACACUGUGCUAACUACUCCAUUCAGAUCUGCUCAUGGACAAGAUGGCAGUGCUACUCCAGGCUUUGGAACUCCAGGAGCACUUUCACACAGAGGAGGCACCGUUGCCACACCUACUCCAUUGCGAGAUAAAUUCAACAUCAAUCCUGAGGAUGGGUUCAAUGUGGGAGAUACCCCACAGGCUUUAAAACAAUACCAGCGAGAGAUGAAGGCUCAGCUUUCAGCACAACUGAGCUCGCUGCCAGCUCCUCGCAAUGACUACGAAAUUGUAGUGCCUGACCAAGAAGACGACGACAUGGGCGAAGGGGCAGGAGCAGCGAGACUGAGUGUAGAAGACCAGGCCGACGUUGAUGCCCGCCGCGAAGCAGAACUUCGCGAACAAGCCGCGAGGGAGCUGCGCUUGCGCUCACAAGUUGUACAGCGAGACUUGCCAAGGCCCGUCGAAAUUAACAACGGUAUUUUACGGCAAUCAAACACGGAUGGGCAACAAAGUGAUUUGCAGAAGGCUGAAGAUCUCAUAAAGAAAGAGAUGGUGACUAUGCUGCAUUAUGAUGCUGCAUACCCAAUUCCAGGACACAGUUUUACAGAAAAUCCUGCCAAGCAUCUUGCAUAUUUGGAUCAGCAUAAAUACGAACCCUUUUCUCAGCAGGAUCUAGAUGAGGCAAAGCAACUCCUUCAAGAAGAAAUGGAAGUGGUCAAGACUGGUAUGGGACAUGGAGAACUUUCCCUUGAGGCAUAUUCACAAGUUUGGCAAGAAUGCUUGGCUCAAGUUCUAUACAUGCCAAAUCAAGGCAGGUACACACGUGCCAGUUUGGCCUCUAAGAAGGAACGUUUAGAGAGUUUGGAGAAACGGCUGGAACAAAACAGAGUGCACAUGACUAAGGAGGCAAAACGUGCAGCCAAAAUGGAGAAAAAACUGAAAGUGUUAACUGGUGGUUACCAGUCAAGGGCACAGGUGCUUGUUAAACAACUUCAAGAAUUGUAUGAACAGCUUGAGCAGUCUGAUAUGGAACUAUCAACAUUCAGGUUCUUGCAGCAGCAGGAGAUUGCUGCAAUUCCAAGAAGAUUAGAGGCAAUCACUGAGGAUGUCAACAGGCAAAAGGAGCGUGAACAGUCAUUGCAGGAGCGGUAUGGCAACUUCCUCAAGACUUAUCAUGAACUGAGGGAAGAGCUAGGAUAUAACUAGGACGAGAACUUGUGCUGUUUGUACUUUAUCUUAAAUUCUCUGACUUGUAUCAAUCUUUAUGAAGUUUCAAUGUAGAUUUACUGUAAAUAGACAACUAAAUAAAAAUUAUAGGCCUUAUAAAAAA